GUCAAGGGUUGUUCUGGAGGACCGCCCAUUCCAGACCCAAUCCUCCCCGUGCUGGCUGAGUACAGUUCUCAGGGUUUUUCUGGGGAAAGCCUUCCAGCCGCCCUCCAAGGCUUCCAGCCUUCCUCCAAGACCUGUUGCUGUGGAUGCCGGCAACCUGUGAACUCACGCCAGCUCCUUGAGACUUCACAGAAGGCCAAGGCGUUCCAGGACACACAGAGGCUGUGGCCGACUGCCCAGGGGGCGGGGAAUGCUCUCUGCUCUCAGUUGCCCUUCAGGUUCUGUGCCCUGGGGGCCUGGCAGUGGCCAAAUCAUGUGGGCACCUGGUGUGGUGGCCCGGGAGCGGGUGCCCCUCCCGUAGGCUCCUCCAGGAUGUUGUUCUCCGACUCAGCUUGGGUUCUUUUUCUUUCACUUUUCUUUUAGCUGGGGUUGGGACUCCCCGCCUGGAAAGCGCACUGGGAAACCGGGGAAACCCCAGCUGAUUCGCCCCUCGUACCUUGAUUGCUCACACUGGCUGCCGCCUCUCACCCUGCAGUCAGAACUCGAUGGAGGUACAGAAUGGGAGGCGGUGGUGAUGGUGGUGGUGGAUCAACAAUGGAAGUUUUCCCGAAAGCCUACGCCCGGGGCCCCUCCCAGCUCUGGCUCUACUCAGGCACCCGUCUCCCCACCAGCUGCGGGCCAAGGCGCCCCGCCCUCUUGACCGAGACUUCAGUACUCAGUGGCACUAUAUGCAGAGUGUUUUCCCUUCUGUCCAGCCAUUCUUCUCUGGGGUUCUCCUCUACAUCUUGCCCUUGCAGGGUAGGGCACCGCUUGCCGGUCCUCCUGCGAGUCUCACCAGCCCGCUGCGCCCUGCAGCUUGUGGUGUACCUCGCUCCGCGCUGCAGGGACCUUGCCAGGGCAGGCCCAGGGGGAGCAACGCGCGUCUGUCUGCCCCCGCCCAGCUGCAGAGUUGGACGAAGACAGGAUCCUGCUGCUUGGAAGGCUGAGUUCCCCAUCUACCCUAGGAGCUCAGAGAGGUCAGGAAAGGAGGCGUUCUGCAUGGAUGGCAGCUGGAAACCCAUCACCAUAGCCAGCUCUUCACUACUCAAGCAAUUACCUGGGCAUUGAGUAAUGAAAAUUUUGAAACCAUAUAUGAGGAAUACAUCCAUCUCCUGCUACCUGUGUUUCCUGCUGAACAGUCAUUUCCUGACCGAGGCUGGCAUUCAUGUCUUCAUUUUGGGCUGUGUCAGUGUAGGUCUCCCUAAAACAGAAGCCAACUGGAGGGAUGUACUAAGUGACCUAGAAUACAUUGAAUCUCUUAUUAAAUCUGUCCAUAUCGAUGCCACUUUAUACACGGACAGUGACUUCCAUCCCAGUUGCAAAGUUACUGCAAUGAAUUGCUUUCUGCUGGAGUUACGGGUUAUUUUACACGAGUACAGUGACGUGGACCUUAAUGGAACAAUAGAAAACCUGAUGUUACUAGCAAACAGCACUCUGUCUUCUAACAAGAAUCUAACAGAAUAUGGCUGCAAGGAAUGUGAGGAACUGGAGGAGAAAAGCUUCACAGAGUUUUUGCAGAGUUUUAAAAGUAUUGUCCAAAUGUUCAUCAACACGUCUUGAUUGUCGCUGAUGCUCUCCAGGGUUUCUGUUAUUACCACGCCGCUGCCUGCUGUGCGGAGGCAGGCGCUGCUCUGUGCAUCUGAGACCCGCUGGGGAAACAAAGCAGCGGAAGCGGCAGCCGAUGAGCCACUUGGAUCAGAUGAACUCCGGGAGACGCCGGAGAAAAGGAACUCUUCUCAGGCUUCUUUUGCUCCGUUUUAAUUUAUUACUGCACUUGUACAUAUUUGUAAUAUAACAGAAGAUGUGGAAUAAAGGUCUUUAUAUGCUUUAUCAACUUA